AUGCCUUUGCAGGUAACGAUUGUCGGCUGCUACCGACCGCUUGUACAAUCGUACAACGUAGCGGAACACAGACUGGACUACAUCAAACUGGGCGAAGGUCGUGAGUAUAACUAUCACUACAACGAUGGCGUUUCGUCCGGGUUUGAUAAGCGCAAGUUCUACAAGCGCCCGCAGGCCUUCAACUUCAAGCAGCCAUACACAUUCAAAAACUUCCCAUCUCCGGUCGAGCAGAUCGCCACGAACGAGUUCCAGUCCCAUGUCCCCGAGCAGGCGUCCUACGUGAAGCAGGAAAGUUUACUGCCUGUGUACGAAUCGCACGAGAAGAGCGUCCACUAUGUGCCGGUGGACUAUUCCUUGCCGAAGGCAACCGCUGCCACCACUUCCGCCGGAGGGCACAGCCAGCCGCGACCAUCGCCCCCGUAUUCUGGCAAUCUGGCAGAGCGGGUCAUCCAGAUGAUCCAUUUGCGCCAUCCGUCAAGUGCACACAACGUCAGUGGGGCGAGUGGGUCAACCGGUAGCGUGGUGCAUUUCCCACCCACCGGUACGCAGUAUCACCACCAGCAGCACCCGGGCAGCUAUCAGUAUUUCAAUGCACAUCCAGCACCACCGAGCUACGAGCUCGUGCGGCCCAUCAACAAUUUCCCUCCACCGAGGCCUUACCUUGCGCCAGCCUUAACGACCACCAAGGCCCCGUACGUCGCGCCGUUUUUGCUAAAAACAUCGACGUCCACGACGACGACGACCCCUGUUCCGGCCGUGGCACCGGGUAAAAGGCCAGGACAGGCACCGACCGUACGACCCCCGUACGUGGCACCAGCCGUCACCAACGACCCGCUCCUCAACUCGGUUUCCCUCGCCAACCAGCUCAAGUACACCUCGACUCGACCAGCCACGUCCAACGGUGCCGCCGGUGCGAACUCGCAACAACCCUACGAACCCGAGUUCGACAUCGACAUUCGGAUCGAUCUGCGCGACGACUCCGCGUAG